ACCCACAAGACGUUGAAUAAGUCUAUCCUUUUGUUCAGGGCCAAUGACAAUGCCUUGUAAGCUACAUUGAUAAUUAGACAUUGCACAAAGGAAAAAAAAAAAAAGAAAAAAGAAAAGGGAAGGUGCGGAACAAAAAAGAGUCACAUGAGGUGAUUUGCAUGUUUUUUUAAAUACUCUUUUUACUCAUGCAACACUAAAGAAACUGUCUUUCUUUUGAAUAAGAAGAAGCUCUUUUUUUUUUUUUGGGCAGCAAGUUUUUGUGCAGUGCCAAAAAAAAAAACUACUCCAGUAUGUACUUGCCCUGACGACCUUUUUUUUUUGGGGGGGGGGUAUCUCCACCAAAAAACGAUUGGCCCUCUCCCCCCAAGAUUUUUUUUUAAUUUUUUUUGUUGUUGUACAGCUAGGGCAAAAAAAAAAAAAAAAGAGAAAAUCUUUCUUCCCUUCUUUUCAACCUUUUUUUUUUUAAAAAAAAAAAAAAAAUGUCACAAGAAAAGAUCAGUACAUGGAUUGAUACACAAUCUAAAUCAGCCUAUCCCAUGUGGGCACUUUCAGCUAUUUCCUUGGCAACAUUACCGCUUGCAGUUAGAAAAUCCCCUGGUGUUCCAUCCAUGUUUCAAACAUUGGCAUUUUCAGGUAUCUUUGCAGGUGCUGGGUAUGUGACAAGUACGGGUGAUCUGGAAAAUGGUGCUGGUAUUGCCACAGCUUGGUGUUUAUCCUGGUCCUUUUUAAACGCUAAAUCUGCUAUUAAAUCAAUGAGACCAGUACCUAUUGCAUUAUUAGCUGCAGUCACGUUAAAUACAGUCAUCUAUGGUAAAAAGACACUGCAAGUGAAUGGAUAUAUUUAGUUUAGAUAUAUCAGCAGUCUGUGGACACAUAUAUAUAUAUAUAAAAAAAAAAAAAAAAACCCUAAAUUUUUAUGUAUUUAUUUUCUUUCUUUUUUUUUUCUUUCCCU